AUGGUCGGAUCAAACCUGGCUGCUGAGGUGGCAGAGAUCUUUGAUGAAGCUCAAGUCCCUCAUCUUCUCUGGGGCCAUUUGGCGCUUGCUCUGAUUGGGGAUGAUUGCCACCCUUCCGAGCUUGAAUUCGUUAUUCCCGACGAGCAGAUCAAGGCCGCCUCUGACACUCUGUAUGAGGCCGGCUUUUGUAUCUGCGGCAAAUCAGAUUGUCCUGAGCUCCGUACUAACCAAUUCUACCCUAUUGCCGACGUGCAUUUCCAUCUUGAGGGCAUGACUGAGGAGCACCACACCCUCUCCUUAUUCUCAAAGUCCAGUAUGGUCUGGUGGCUCCCAGACUUCUCCCUAGGCCCUCUCCCUAAGGAUGAUCCGCACUUUAUCCUCUCCACUGACCCUCGACUCCCACCACGUAAGGAAGGCGGCGGCUCCGGCCCUUGGACUCACCUAUAUCCAAUCCGAAUCCUUAACUCAAAUAUCAUGACUGAAGCACUUAUCUUACUGGGCGCCCGCGAUAGGAAUCAGAUUAAUGGGCUAGAGGAGCAGUGGUGCCGUAUGCUCAUUGCCUUGAUGGAGGACCGCGAGGUUCCUAAUACUGGGGUUAAAAAAGUCCUUUCACCUCGUUUCAUGCCGUUCUGGGAGGCCCUCCACCAAUCCAGUCCACCAGUGGGCCCGUGGGAUAUGCUGUGGCAACUGGGCCAGGAAAUGAGGGCCAACAAUGAACUGCCACCGGGGCCGGCUUAUAAUGCGUAUGGGACGAUUGAGUGGGCAAGGUUCAAUGAGGUUGAUAUUUGA